UUUUCCUCUAUUACAGGCACACAAAUUAGUCUACUAUCCUCUUGCAUAUGUAACAGAAUGAUCAAUAGGAGUGAAUGUCAGCAUUAAGUAAACAUGAUUAAAUUGAUAUGAGCAGUGGAAGGAAGCUGAGAUACAAUAGUGAUGAACUCCACAUAAAUUAUAUAAUCGUCUCUCUUAUAGAGCUUAUUACUUGAGGAUCUCAAAGAACUUUAUUAAAGGAAAACAAGUAUCGUUCCCUAUUUUACAGCUAGGAAAACAAAGCCACAGGGUGAUGGGGGAGUGAAUUGCCCAUGUUCAUGUAGCAGAGUGGCAAAGUCAGGCAUAGAACCCAGAUCUCUUGUCUCCCUGCCCAUUGCUUUAUGCACAGUACUAGGCAGCUGGCCUGGUUUCAUGGUCUUUUAAAAUGAUACAAUUUUUAGUGAAUUCAUGCACCAUACUUUCUCACUAACUUUUUAUUUUACUCAGGUAACUGGAGAGUUAAUCAUCUUAUUGAGAUACAUAUAAAUGCUGAAAAAGGGCAUUUAUUAAUACAUUUUGGGUGCUCUCAACAUAACUUAAAAUACAUCACAAAUACCCUAAGUAUAGAAUAAAAUUUAAUAUAAUCCAGUACAAGUAAGACAGGUAACUUAAAGAUUCAGGCUGUCCACUCCCUCCAGCAAUCCUCCACCUGUUUGGUUUUCAUCCUUUAAUGCUUGUAGUCAAUUUUAGGUUGUAAGGUUCUAGAGAAGAUAGUUUGGAUACCUUCCAAAAGGUAUACUUACUUGUCAGUACGGCUUACACUCAAUCACUAAUUAUUCUAAAAACUAUGUUUCACAUUCCUUUAAAAAAAAAAAAAGGAACAAAGGAAGAACUCGAGGACCUGAACAAAGAAAUAAAGAAAAUUGCUAAAAACACUCACACUAAGUUAAAGGCUAUUGAACAAAGUUUUGAUCAAGAUGGGAAUGCUAAUCGAACAUCAGUUGAAGUCAGGAUACAAAAAACACAGCACUCGGUAUUGUCCUGGAAGCUUGUGGAGGUCAUGACAGAAUACAAUAAGAUCCAGACUCAGUUUCGAGAACGCAGCAAAGGACGGAUACAGCGACAGUUAGAAAUAACUGGGAAAAACACCACUGAUGAAGAACUGGAAGAAAUGUUAAAAAGUGGUAAUCCUUCUAUUUUCACUUGUGAUAUUAUAUCGGACUCCCAAAUUACUAGACAAGCUCUGAAUGAAAUUGAGUCACGACACAAAGAUAUUAUGAAACUGGAAUCCAAUAUGCGGGCGCUACAUGACAUGUUUACGGACAUGGCUAUGUUUGUUGAGACUCAGGUCCUAGCACAAUGGGAAUCUGGCUGUGACUGGGACUAUGAGGCAGUACUGGAAUACAAAUAAUCACAUGCUGAUCUACAGAAAUACUUUUGUACCCUGGCCAUCCCCACUGGUUUAAGAGAUUAGUCACUGAAAAUGGAAGUAUGUGAACUUGACAUCUGCAGUUUAACUCAGUCCCUUUGUCUCCUGCACUGAGUGUUCUUUCUGCUCAGUACACGCUGUCUGAAUGCACAGGAGAACCGUGCUGGAUGGUGACAAAGGAUGGUGAAUUAUACCAACAAACUGAGACAUGAGGAAGUGGACCAAGCAGUAGAGAUGACUGUAAAUGUCUGAAGUGAUAUCACACCACUACAUUUUGUGACAGUAGACAAUGGCAAUGCUAAUACCAUGAUUACAUUUGCUUCUAAAAGCUGCCUGGUUUCUUUGGUGGUGCUUCCUUAAAGAGCAUUUCCAAAAGACAUUUUGAAGUGCUAAGGAAAGUAAACAACAUGAAUUUCAAUGCUGCCUAUCUUCUCAUAUCAAGUCAGGUGGCUACUCCUAUUGAUGUGCAGUAUCUGGCCCCUAUCCUUCCUAUCUGGUGACUAUUACAAGCCAGUGUAAGCUGAGCUGCCUUAAGGCUGCUCUACUUUAUGGCAGCCCAGGGGAUCGGGAGAAUAUAAAGGUGGUGUACAGAUACUUUUCUCCUUUCCUGUCACGUCCUGCACAGAGUGCAGCUGAGCAGAAAGCACAGAUUGGAGACUGAGUAUAAGGCCUCAUUCGGCACUCAGAUACACAUGUUAAACUUCCAUUGAAUGCAAUGGGAAUACCAUGGUUGUAACUGAGGGCAGAAUUUAGGCUUUAAAAGGAAUUACUACUCAAAAGAUUUCAGGAUUGGGGCCAUAGUGUAAAUCAACCCUGUAAGGAAGAUACCAGUCUCUUCAUAAAAUUGAUUACUUUAAUAGGAAUCAUUUAAAUUAGUUAAGAAAAAUCUGGGAACUCACACAGAAACAGUGUUUAAUAUUUAGAAAUACAUGUGUGCAGGACAGAUGUGAAAGAAAUAUUCACAAUGUUGAAAUUGGAUGGCCCAGAUCGUUACUUCCUUGUAUGUCCCCUUUGAGCCACUGCAUUGGCUCAGAGGGC